ACUUGGGAGCUUGGGAGUUGGAAAAGGCGGGGCUGAAGCAAAACACAAAGGGAUUUCUUGACAAGUAUUUGCCGACCUGUUUGAUUUGUCUCCCUGGAAGUUUGAUUAAGAAGUCUUCCACAACAUCCAGCAGGAUGAAUAUUUUACCUUGCUUGAGUUCCAUGAAGACUUAUAAAAACCAAGACUAUGCAAAACUGAAAAAAGAAAGCAAAGCUAAAGGAAAUUUAUUUAUAGAUUUGGAAUUCCCCCCAGAUGACCGAUCUUUAUUUUAUAGUCAAGGGAAGUUAGCUGAUGUGGUGUGGAAAAGACCAAAGCAAAUCUGUGACAAUCCCAAGCUAUUUGUUGAGGGAGCAAGUGCCGGUGAUGUCACUCAAGGUCGACUCGGAAACUGUUGGUUUGUUGCUGCCUCCUCUUGUCUGUCAGCCAAUAAAGAUGUUUGGGACAGAGUAAUUCCAGAUUGGCAAGAACAGGAAUGGGAUGAAAAUGUUCCGGACAAAUAUCAAGGGAUAUUCCAUUUUCGGUUCUGGAGGUAUGGAGAGUGGAUAGAUGUUGUUAUUGACGACAUGUUACCCACAAUCAACAAUGAACUGGUCUUUAUUCAUUCCCAGAGUAAGAAUGAGUUCUGGAGUGCCUUGCUGGAGAAAGCCUACGCCAAGUUGUUUGGCUGCUAUGAGGCCCUGGAUGGAGGAGAGCUUGGGGAGGCUCUUGAGGAUUUUACUGGCGGUGUAUCGGAACAGGUUGAUCUUAAAGGUCGUGACCUAGCAAAUAAAACAGAGGAACGUGCUGACUUGUAUGAACGAAUGAAGAAACAGAUGGACAGAAAGUCUUUAAUGGCUGCUUCUAUACCAGCCGAGAGCAGUGAAGAAAUGGAGGCAACAACAGACAUUGGAUUGGUUAAGGGCCAUGCUUACGGAAUUACUGCUGUCAAAAACAUUCACCUCGAGGGUUCAGGCCUCUUCAACUUUUUCAACAGGGAAAAGAUUCCCAUGGUCCGUCUGAGGAAUCCUUGGGGAGAGAAAGAGUGGAAAGGGGCCUUCAGUGAUGGUUCUCCUGAAUGGAACAAAAUCUCAAAGGAUGACCGAGAGAAGAUCGGACUCACAUUUGAGGAUGAUGGAGAAUUUUGGAUGACAAUGGAGGAUUUCUGUCGGUAUUUCGUGCGGGCAGCUAUCUGCUGUGUGGUUAAUACAUCAAUCUUUGCGUUUAGUAAGACCUGGCACGAAGGUCUGGCACACAGCAAAUGGGUGAAACCAAACAGGGCCGGGGGCUGUCUCAACCACAAGGAGACAUUCCUUAAUAACCCACAGUUCACAUUUGACAUCACAGACAAAGAAGAUGAGCCAAUGUUCCAGCUGAUUCAGAAAAGUACACGUGGAGCAGGUGGCAGUCGCAAUAUCACCAUUGGGUUCUCCAUUAUCAAGGUUGAGGAAAAUAGACGCUAUCGAAUGCAUGACAUGAGUCAACAGGAAAUGUUGACGUCCAGUUCUUUCAGAGACAGUCGUGCAAUCUUCCUUCGCCACAAGCUCACCAAAGGUCGCUAUGCUAUUGUAGCCUGUACGUUUGAUCCUGGGAAUGAGUGUGAAUUCCUUUUUAGGAUGUACACAAGUUCAGCAAACAAUUUCAAAACACUGAUCUAUGAAAAGCCACAGAAAAGUUGGUGGCAGUGUUGUGGUGGAAAUGUCCAGUUGGUGACGAGGGUCAAGGUACUCCGGGCGGAAGGGUUGGAGCGACAGGAAAGGACAGGAGCUGACCCAUACUGUGUGAUUUCGUGUGAGGGUGAGAAAGUUACUACCAAGGUCGUAGAGGACACAACAAGCCCAGAAUGGAACUCCUCUGCCAUCUUCUACCGCAAAACGGCUCUGAAAAAACCUUUAAAGAUCCAGAUAUGGAACAGCAAUGUGCUCCGAGACACUUACAUGGGCAAGCAUGUAUUUACCAGUGUGGACGAGUGUCGCGACAAGAUCACUGCUGUUGGGUUGGUGCAGCGAGGGAAACAGGGCGACAAGGUCGCAAAUGGACAGCUCUAUGUUAUGAUUACACAAACAAAGAACAUUUUGUCGUUGUAAAAACGGAGAUCAUUCACCAUUACCUACUAUAUACCAAGGAUAAUAUGGCGACCGUGUGAACGAAGGGAGAUAAUUCACAUCUACUACGCAUAAUUAUACUUUUGAAAACUGAUUUUUCAUAAUGAAAAGAGCUAAUAAGUCAAUGUUUAUCAACUUUUCAAAGUAACAAAAUGAAAGGAGAGAUAUAUUGAUGUUUAGGAUGUCUAUGAGGAAUAAAGAAUGAGCUCAUAGUUUCUUUGAUUGCCACGAAAGGUUUGAGUGUCAAGACGAUCAAAUUAUUGAAUAUCUCUAACACUACCAUGUCUGUAGACUGAGACAACUGUCUGAUAAAAUGUUGAAGAUCCCAGACUGCUGUUUAUAUGUACCACUGUACAUGUAGGUCGUGACUCCUGAGUAUGAUCUUAUAUCACAAACAGAUCAGAAAUACAUAUACUGUAUUGAUUUUUAGCAUCUGUAUAUUGAAAAUUGAUUCUUGCUUUUAAGAAGCUACUUGCUGAUAUUAAUAUCUUUACUAGUGAUAUAUAAUUUGGGUUGUUUGGAAUAUCUUUUACCUGUCAAGUAUUUGUUUUAUUGACAAUAAAACGCUCAGUUUUGUGUUAUUUAUCUCUUAAAAUAAAAUGCUUUGAAUUUGCUUGCUUACUUAGUUGGUGAAGUUUUAGAUUUAUUUUCGUGAAUUGACAUGUAAAUUGUUUCAAUAAUAUAUGAUAUUCAAAUUAACAUUCUUAUAAUGAUUUAAAUGAAACAUUUUCUUGCUGUUGAAAGACUUUUGAAUAAUACGUUUGUGUUUAAAAGAAUUGCUCAAGAAAUUAGAAAUAUAAAAAAUAUAUAUUUGAUUAAGUGAUAAAUUUGUUAUUUAGCAGAUGUUUUAACUAGAGUUUGAACCUAUUAAAUAGAUUGUGAUGCCCCUUGUCACCUGUGUGGCUCCAGCUAUUGUUAGAUGUAUUGUGUUACUUUGUCACACCUGUAAUCAUAUUUCAUUAAUUACUCAUGUCUUUCAUUCUUAUUCUUUAGAAGAACCUGUUGAAAAAAAUAUCACAGAAAUAUGAUGAUAAGUCUCCUAUUAUACAAAGGAUCGGAAUCUUGACUUGAUUUUCUGAGUGUAUUGAUGGCUAUUAAGCUAUUUUAAUGAAGUGAUGUAUAUGUAAUUUCUUUUAAUAAUACAUGUACAUAGCCCUGAAAUCAAAACAUUUUAAUUACUAUGCAAAGCAAUUUUAGAAGAAUGUGUUCUAUAUUCCUUGAUCUUUACCAUCCGUCUAGGUUUGGUAUACAGGUUUGGUAUACUACUGUAUCAGGUGGCCUUAUAACAAAUUUCUAAUUUAUGUAGAAGUUAUUUUUGAAAUGUCUGUAUUAGGCACAUAUAAUACAGUGUGUUUUUUGUAAUAUUUUUUCUUCUUGUGUCAGUGUGUUCCCUAAUUCAGAUCAAAUUUACUGAAAUAAACUGGAGACUCCAGUUUAACACUGAAGGCCCGACAGGUACGAAAGCCAAUCACAUUAGAACUGUCAUCAGAAGUCUAAACUGUAUUAAUACUCUCAAUGUUUGUUGUAAUUAUCACAUAGGUUGUAGAUUAACUAAUGAUAUACCAGUAAUUAGGUUUAUUACUACAUGUAUAUAUGAUAGCAAUUAGGAUUACUUUGUACUAUGUGACAGUAAUUAGGAAAACUUAGUUAUAUGUGACAAUAAUUAGGUUACUUUGUACUAUGUGACAGUAUUUAGAAAUAUUUGUACUAUGUGACAGUAAUUAGGAAUACUUUGUACUAUGUGACAAUAAUUAGGAUUACUUUGUACUAUGUGACAGUAUUUAGAAAUAUUUGUACUUUGUGACAGUAAUUAGGAAUACUUUGUACUAUGUGACAAUAAUUAGGUUACUUUGUACUAUGUGACAGUAUUUAGAAAUAUUUGUACUAUGUGACAGUAAUUAGGAAUACUUUGUACUAUGUGACAGUAAUUAGAUUACUAUGUACUUUGUAAUUGUAUGCUAUUUAAUUUUGGAUAAAAAGAUAAUUUGCUGUUGCCAUAUGAGAUGUUUAUUAAUCAUUGUAAACAAUUGUUGAGCAUUAUAUUACUGCUUCAUGAUUUUGUAGGUUAUAUAUCAUACACAGUAGAGUUUAUGGAGACUGGGAUGUAAACAAUAUAUACCUAGUGAGAAGCACAUACCUGACAAGAGUCCACUCGUAUAUAUUGUAGUAGAAAUGUCAAUAUCUCUGAUGAAAUAAACACCUACUGAUCAGAUUAGCUAUGUUUCUCUCCCCUUGGUUUACUUUACAAGAUUAAUUUCCAAAUCCAUUGUUGCUUCAGGAUACUUUUUUCUUGCAUACAACCUUUUGUUUAGUGGUUGAAUAUUGAUGUAGUAGUGUUAAUUAUGGUUUUAAAAAUUAUGUUUUUCUUAAUUAUGAAGGACACUAAAUUUUUUUUUCUUUCUUUCUUUUUUUUUUUUUUUUUUUAAAGUAUUAAAUUUGGUGUUUAUCACCAUUUCCAUUUUUACAUGGUGGAUAUCCGUCAUUGCAAAGACCGUCCAGUUGAGUAUGUCUUUCGUGUUUGGUAUUUGCUAAGAUUUGUUUCCAGUAACAAACAAACCAAGAACUUUUGCACAGGGUUGCAAUUUUGAUGAUGAUGUGUUCAUACUUUCAAAGUUACCCAAAAAUAUAAUUACCAUAUUCAACAUAAUUAACACACAUGUCACUAUUGGUGCGUCCUUACCUUUUAUCUUGGAAAGAUGGGUGUGUAAAAGCUUGAAAAGAUUUCUUAUAAUUACCCCACUGAUAUUCCAAUACAAUUUCAGUCAUAUAUUAUCAACUGAAUACUGUGCUAGAGACAUAAAAAAGUAUCAUUUCUCAAAAAAAGUAAUUUUUUCAACCUUUCAUUUUGAAACUUUUCCCUGUAAAUGGUUUUAACAAUCCCACCCCUCUCGAUUGCUUUUAAGGUCACAAUGUGUUCAUUAGUCCCCUACCGCUUAAACCAGGGAGACUAUAGGUUUCCUCUCCGUCCGUCUUGUAAAUAUGUACACAACACCAAAGUUUGUCGGCACUCUAACAGCUUCACUCCUUGAGAAAUGUUGAUCAAACUUCAAAUAAUGAUAAAAGACCAUAAUAUCUUGGACAAGUUUGAGUUUCAGGGUUUUUUGGGUCAAGGUCACUGUUACUUUUCUUAGUGGGAGCCGGUACAUGUAUCAUAAUUUAGCAAUACCCAGUAUUCUUAUUAUGUCUUGUAUGGUAACAAUGUGGUACUGAAGGCAGUGUUGGUUGAGAAGUUAAUUAAACAGAUUAUUACACAAGCUUACAGCUUUUAAUGAUUAUUAUUUUUUCAUCAUUUAUGAAUGGGGACAUCACGUCAGUUUUAUUCUGCAUAAAAUAGUUUUGACUAUUAUCAAUUAUGCACAGUAUAAACUGUAAAUAUAGCAACAUUAUUAUCUUUCUGUAAAAAUCUAGAUCAGAUGUAGAUCAGAUUUGGUGUUCGGUUUUAGAAAGGUUUGGAGAAGUACCAUUUUGUGUUGUUUACAUUAUUUGUAUAUUGCUAGUUUUGGAACCCACUGUAUAUUAACAUAUAUGUACAUAAUAUAUAUACUUAUAUUACUUUUUUACUUAUAAUUGCUUGGCAUGUUAUAUUUAUAUUCUGAGGAAGUGUUUGUAUUGCCCGUUACACUUGUUUUUACUUUACAUAUGACAUAUUUUUUACCAGAAUAUCAGUUUUGUUUAUUUAUGCUGUUUAGUUCAUUAUAAUGUUUAAACAUAAUUAUUGUCUCUUCGUUAAGGUAUAAUCAUGAAAAAAUCCACAUAAUUUCCUCAUUAUUUCAGAAGUUUCUAAUUAUUUGAAAAAAAUUUGUAAUUUCACUUUUGUUGAAUCAUUUGACUUUAAUUGAUUUUUUAUUUUCUGUCAUUUAAACGAGUGGAGUUAAACUCUUAUAUCUUUUAUAGUAAGCUUACCAAGAGCUUUCAACUCCCACUACCCAUUUUAUAGUCACUGUGAGUAGUGGCUGACAUUGGUUUUAAUAAAUAGAUCAGACGUGCAUACCGGUACAUUUCUUUUUUCCCCCAUUUUCCCCCAUUAUAAAGGCGACUGUACCCUGUAGUUAGAUUAGCACGCUGUAUGGUGUUGUAUUCACACGUUGGUAAAAUACUGAAAUAUAUUAUUCAGAGAGUAAAAUCUUUUAGUAUUCAUAGAUAUCAAAAUCCUCAUACUGCUGAAUGCAUUACAAGCAUGAUUAUUAAGUUGAAGGUCAUAAAGAUGACCUUGUAGCCAAUAAGGUGAAGGUCACAGAAGACAACAGGUGUAGACAAAGAUUUAUACACUUACUUCUAUCUUACUCCUCAAGUUAAACCCACCUGCUGGAGUUCGAGAUGAUAAAGUAUUAUCUUCUCAAAGGGUUUAAACUCAAACCUAUAAUUGUUAAUUUGGAUGUUUAUUGGAGACUUGGGAUAAAAGUAUACUACAUUGUAUUCCAUCUUUUCGUAAUACAAAUUAAUCUGCUUUUAUUAGCAGGUUUUGAUUGUUACAUCAUUAGUUUUUUUGAGGAGAAAAAAUUGUCGUUUUCUAAAAAAAGAAAAUUGAUGAUUUUACUCUCAAAGAAAAAUGAGGUCACAAUCAAUAUCCGCUGACAGGGGCAGUUACUCUGCUUUAUGAGAAGAUGGAAUUGAACUUAUUCUUGCCUAUAGUUGUUAGGAAAAAAUGAAUGUUAUCAAUUUCAACACAGUUUGUAUUGCAAGUCAUAAUAUAUAUUUAUACACAUAUUAAUUUAAUUAUAUUUUACUUUGACUUCAAAGUGAUAAUUAUAUGGAACAGGGUCUGACUAUAUAUAAAGGUAAAUACUGCUGGCAUAGUUAUAUGUAAUGUACACUGAAACUUGCUUAGCUGAACAUUGGUGUGGUGUUAUCCAACCACAAUGGUAAUGUAAUUCUUGUUCAACAGUUAUGAAACACUCUGCCAAUAUUAAAAGGUCAUAUACCGGCUUUAUCCCAAUACACAGGGACUUUGCAUGAGUUUUCAACUCACAGUCCAUAUACAUGUUAAUAUGUAUACAUGUAUAUAUAUAAAUUCGUGCCAAGUCCCUGUGUCCCAGGAUUAUAUUAACCUGAUGCUAUAGUUACUUGAAUAAAACAACAAAAAACUUUCAAAACCCCUGACCAUUUAUCUGGUCAGAAUGUGUCGGACCUGAAAUUAAAUUCAUAUUACUCCUAUUUCUCACCUAUCUGGAAUUUUUCUGUCAAUUUUAAAACAUUUUUUGAAAAUAUUAAUCAGAAAUGCACCUUUAAAAUCUGGAUUCAUGUUAUUUAGAAAUAAUAAGUUUGCAUACCCUUCGGCUAUAAGUAGAGCUAGCUACCUGCACUGAAACUUUCAUGAAAUAAGAAAAGCACACUCUUGUAUACCUUUUAUUUAACUUGAUCUAAUUUGUUUUUAAGUUUAAAGUAAAUAAAUAAUAAAAAAGUUUAAUGAAAAAAAAACGAUAUCAAGCAUGGAUAAUUUUACACAGAUUUUUACCUGUCAAUGUUUCAAUUCAGAACUGGGAAAGGAAGCCUGAACAGCAUUUUCAAAAUCUUUCAGCUGUGAUUAUAAUGCUUCACAGGGACUUGGCAUGGAUUCCUUCUAACAGUCUAUACUACAAUACAUAUACAAUAUGUAUAUAUGGACCAUUGGUUGGGAAUUCAUGUCAAGUCCCUGUGAUAAAGCCCUAUACGACAAUUCUUUUCAUUUAUUUAUUUAUUUAUUUAUUAUUAAGCUGUUAUAUGCAAUGAAUUAAACACAAUCCAAUUUUAUUCAUUUAGGGUUAAAAAAAUUAGAAUGAGUCCAGACAAAAUGGGACGAUAGUUAAGGCAGCUUCAAUAACUGUUGGAACUAGACCGACUGAAUCAUCGAGUUCAAUCUCAGCUGAUUUUACUGUAUUUCAACAAUUUUCUACAAACCAUAUGUUGCAUAAUUUCUAUAUACAAUUAUACAAAGACUUUUUAAUUCUAUUUCUCUGUUAAUAUGUAUGAUUUCAGAUUUGAAUGUUAAAUUUUCUGUGUAGUUUAUCUUCCGUUUUAUAAUUGUCUACCUCUCAUAAAAAUAGUUUUUUAUACAUAACCCAUUUCAUACUUAACAAAAAUUGCUCUUGUAUCAUUGAUUAUUGUAAUACUAACAUAGUUUUUGAAUUAUGAAACAAUUGCAACUAAUUCUAAAUUACUUCAUGAGCUAUUUUUACCAGAUGUUGAUUACAAAUACAAUACGUCCAGUUGAUUGUGAUAAAUUAUUGCCAUAACAUAUGUAUCUAUAAUUAUUUUCAAGAGAAAAAUGCUUUAUUCUUAUAAACAAAUUAAUGUAAGUUCAAUACAACAUUGCACCAAUGAAUUAGGCUUGUAAACAUGUGUAAAAGUUAUAACAACUUGCUGGAUUUUUUAAUAUUAUUUUGCUGUUGAAUAUAAAAUAUAUAACAUCCAUAUUUAUUCUAAGCUUGGAUGAAGGCCAUCUCGUUUCUUUGUUUACCAGCUGGCGUUUUAAAUAAACAAAAUGCUUAUGCUAUAUA